CAAACCGGGGCAGAAGUGAGGCCCAUAGGGUCGUCGGGCCGACAGAUACUACACAUCAUUUUUGUUUUUUUCUUUCCUUCGGGGUGGAAAUAUAACGCUGCGAUUUGUCUAAACAUAGCGCAGAACACAACCACCUAUCCGGAGGAAAAACCCCCCCCGAAGGCUCGGCUCUAUUUGGUCUUUUUGAAUGCAGGCAUUUUUAAGGAUCACCUAGAGAUUUUAUCUGCAUUUAUUGGAUGCAUCUGCUCCGGGAUUAGUAUUUUUUAAUGAAAAUGGUCCUUGUCUGCCUUCGUCUGCCCCGUUUUUAAUUUUUACAGAGCUUGACUGCAACGUUGAAUGCCCGCAUAGCCUUCUUGAUACACAAAACCCUCAUUUAUAGUCUAUGUCAAGACCAAUAUCUAUUGUUUACGAUGCUUAAAUGUUCGGACAUCACUAUAUCUUCGUGAAGAAAUUGCUAUUUCUCUAUUGGUCUGGCCAUUUCGAUGGGCUGAAGUCGCUUUUGUCUGUCAUCUUGUAACCUUGUGUAAGUCUAAAGCUGAAAUAGGCUCAAAAUCCCCAAAGAAAAGAACCAUCCAAAUUAAGGAAGCACUGAUCGAGCUACAGCUUCGCCGGUUUAAAGGCUCUCUAUUUCUGCCCAAGACGCAGUGUUUCCAUGGAGACAGUGUCAUCUCGAGGCCUGAAGCGCAGAUUCGAGGAGGUGGACAGCGGCUCGCCGUGUUCCACACCCAAAGAUUCGGAUGAUGACAUCUCUGUCAGUGACAGCGCUGAUAGCUGCGACAGUCUCAAUGCUCCCUCCAGCUCUCUCACACCCCACUCCAUUCUCAGAAGACACAAAGCAUCUUUAGGUCGUAAGCAGGUAUGCUUUGACGCAGUGACAGUCUAUUACUUCUCCAGAAGGCAGGGCUUUACCAGUGUGCCAAGUCAGGGAGGCAGCUCCCUGGGCAUGGCACGCCAUCACUGUGCUAUACGACAUUACACCCUUGGCGAGUUUGCACGAGAACAAGAGAGCAGCCACAAGCAUGUGCUGCGUCAACACCUACGGCAAGAAAAACUCAAUGCUCGCAAGUUAAAGCUGACACGGAAUGGAACUGUGGAUUGCCCCGAAGCUGAGUUGCUUACCCUGGAUGACAUAUCUGAUGAGGAUCUGGACGUUGAGAGUGUAGAGGUGGACGAUUGCUUCUUCCUGCAGCCUCUUCCAACCAAGAGGCGUCGGGCACUACUGAGGGCCUCAGGAAUUGCCUGUAUAGAUGCCAGAGAAAAGGCUGAGCUGCGUGCCAUACGUUUGUCCCGGGAGGAGUGUGGUUGUGACUGCCUCUUCUACUGCGACCCUCGGCACUGCGGAUGCAGCCAAGCUGGAAUUAAGUGCCAGGUGGAUCGGAUGUCCUUCCCAUGUGGCUGCACCCGUGACGGUUGUGGUAAUACAGCUGGCCGCAUUGAGUUCAACCCUCUUCGUGUGCGUACCCACUAUCUUCACACUAUCAUGAAACUUGACCUGGAAAAGAGAAGCCUGUUGGGUGUAAGGUCUGGAGAGGAUUGUGGGGAAGAGACAGAGUUAGUCUCCUCGCCAUCUCUGUCUUUUUCUCCCUUGGACUCGGAUGUGGAGGUGGAAAGCCAAAGUGUUCAGGAGCUGCAAGAGGAGCAGUGCGACAGCCUGGAGCGUGAGAAUGAAACAGCCGUGCUUCACCUACAGAGUGCGGAGGAAUGGGAAAGGAGACUGGAACAAGAAGAGCAGCAGGUCGAGGAGGCGCAGACCACUGACCCAACCCUUUGCCUCCUGCAGGGCGCCCUCACCAGCCAGGCUGGGAUGGAGGGCAUGGAAGGUGUUGAGGGUGUCCUUCUAGAAGGGCCUUUUCCUGAAGGUGCCACUCUGCUGUGUAUUACAGAGAACCAUGCAGAUGAACAGACCGAGCAGAGGCUGCUCAAAGAUCCUGCUUCUGUCCUCUAUUAUCAGGUAGGUCAUGUAGAGACAGCAGCCUUUGAGACACUUCCUGCGCAAGUAGAGGAGGUGGUGAGCGAAGGUGGGGAUCCAGAUAUGGAGAGUGAUCAGCAAAAACAAGAAACCUGCGGGCAGGAUUCGGCCAAGAGCUUGUCUGUCGAAGUACCUCCACCUCUCGAGAAUGGGGGCGAAGAACAACUUUGUCCUGAACAGGCCUCAAAUGACAGGGAAUGCCUCGAGACGUGCCUGUCACUGGAUGAAAAGGCAGUACAACUUCCUCCAGAAGUGUAGAGACCAUCACCUCUGCAGAUGUUUUGCACAAGUUAGUCAUUAAAUUCAAAGAGAGCCUACUCCACACAGUGCGAUACGUUACAUGACUGCAUAAUGUUAUUACAUGUUAAAGAAACAAGUUACCUUCACGGGUUUGUAUCCAAUUUAGCUGGAGAUAAGCAUGUACUGUGUUUGAAGUAGGUUGUCCGUGGUAAAAUAAGUUAUUAAAAAACAGAAAAAUAGAAUAAUUUAUUUAAAAAAUGAAAAAAUAAACUCAAGAAAAGCAGAGAUCCUGAUGUGACAACAAGUGUUUGUUUUUCCAAUAUGGUAUCAGUUUAUUACUUGAUACUAGUGGGGAAAAAAGUGGCCUUUAUGUCGAGGAACAAGCAUUUUCAGGAUUAUCCAGCGGCUUUGUAUGGCCUUUCCAGUUUGUAGAGUUUCCGAUACUGCACCCCAACAACUAUUGGCACUGUCAGGAAGGGUAUAUGCUAACGCUAUGUUCAUGUGUUGUUCGAAUUACCACAGUUAUGAGAUGACAACUCUCAGCUGUUCAAACUCCGUUUCUGUGACAAUGCUCAUAAUGACAAAAUGUAUUCACGCACAGCUUUGUUGCUUAUAACAAAAAAAAAUCACUACAUUAACCUUGGAAUGGAGCUUUUAUAAAAUGAAUAAUUUCCAGAGUUGGAAUUGCAAAAGAUUCCAAAGGCCUUGAAUAGUUUUUAAUUCUCGGAAUCCUGUAAUUCUUCCAGGGCGUGAAUGCAACCUUAGUAAUAUGCAUAUGGCUAAUGCUAACUCAGUGCUAACGUUAAGAGAAGGGGUUGCUAAUUUUAGAAGAGGGUGUUGUUUGUAGCAUCCUUCCUGUGAAUAGACCCAACAAUCCUGGAAAUACUUGGUUUUCAUGUACUGUACAAGUGUUUUGCUAAGAGCUAGCAUGAAGAUGAGUGAAAAAGCUGCUUGUUCUCUGUAUGCACGUUGAAAACUUGAUUCGUUUGAACUUGCUGAGAGGGGAUCAGGAGGAUGAAUGAAUGUGCAAUUCAUUUGCACAGCAGUUCUUUACUGAUUUAUCGUAGUCUUGACCUGACACCAUUUGAAGCUGUAGCCUACCGUCCCAGUUCAUGGACGUUUAUUUAUUUACCACCGCUUUGUAUUGUUAGGGCGAAGACAAUGUGUGUGAGUAUUGUCAUCUACAAUCAUUUGAUUUUUUUUUUUUUGGGGUGUGUUUUCAUUUUUCAGGAGUGAAUGAGAUCAUACACAUUUAUUGCACAUCAAACCUUUAAAGAUUACAGAAGAAAUUGUAUGGGUGAAUCUCAUGAAAACACGUCCAGUUCACAUUUCAA